AGUACACCUAGACACAUAUCCGAGUGCAUUUAACUACAACCUAUACCCUCUUUUUUACGCCACAAAAAACUCGGCCCGGAAAGCCUAGAAGCUCCGUCGCCAGUGCUCGAUUCUCCACGGACGCAUCAUCUUUAACCCUUCAGUGCGAAGUGCGAGUGAAAAGUGAAACCACAGCCCAGAACCACCAAGGCAAGGGGGGGAGCGGAAGGAAGAUUCGCGGUUCGAGGGAACACUGGAACAACAUCUCGCAAAUUGGCAUGACUCUCCGAUAGUGUUGCCUCGGUGGUGGGGCUGGAAAGCCGGUCAACAUCUAUAAAAGCGUUCACUCUCGGCGGACGAACGUUCAGACGGACGAAACCCCACAAGCACGGCUACUAAAAAAAACCCCGACACCGAGCAGUCAACUCAAGUGUGUAAACGAAUUGUGUGUGUUUGUUUUUUGCUUUAAAUUAAUCCCAGCUCACCGGUUCAAGGACACCAUGAAGUUGUUUGUGCUUUUCGGCGCACUAUGCGUCUGUGGAACGAUGGCGGCAGCACCGGCACCGGAGGUGGAAUUGCCCGCCUUCAUGGAGAUCUGCUACCGUGACAGUCCCGAGCUCGGCAACUGCAUCAAGAACAGCAUCCAGCGCAUGCUUCCGGAAAUGCAUUCUGGCAUUGAAUCCCUCGGCUUCCCUUCGCUCGAUCCGUACGAGUCCAAGACCACCUACAUCGACUACAAGCGCAACCAAAUGUCGGCCUCGCUCAACGUCAAGAAUGCCAAAACGUACGGCAUGAGCAAGGCCCAGAUACUGGACGUGCGGGCGACGACUACCGACAAGUUCCUGAACCUGGCCGUCGAUGUACGCUUCCCGGAGAUCGUCAUGGAGGGCUACUUCAAGGGUGAGGGACGAUUCAACAGCAUCAAGCUGGCGUCGAAGGGUUACUUCAACAACACCAUGACUGACGUGACUACCACCUGGAUGAUGUCGGGACACGUGAAGGAACGCGACGGUGAGGAGUAUCUAGAAAUUGAAGACUUCGACAUGAGCCCCGAGGUGGCAAACAUGAAGAUCUACGCCACGGGCCUGUUCCCCGAUCCGGAACUGAACCAAAUUGCGCUGGAGUUUGUCAACCAGUACUGGCCAAUGUUCUACAAGGAAAUGCUGCCCAGCACCCGGCAGGUGUGGGAACCGGUCAUGGUCGAGCUGGUGAACAAGAUAUUCCUGCGCGUGCCCUACCGACGACUGUUGCCCAAGCAGCAGCAGCAGCAGCAAUAGGUGCCUAACGUUGGCGCGAGUUGACAGAGGGUCAGCUGGGUUUUCUUUAGGGUUUUUCACUAUUAAGGCAAGUUGUUUUGUUGUAAUAAACGUUCUUGAUAUCACUCUUCCUGGAAGGUAACAAAAAAAAAAGGAUGUAAAAAUA